AUGAAUCUGUCGCUUUCUCUUCCGGAUGAACCCUCAUCCGGCGACUCGACGAUGUCACAGGCCUUCAGAGAUACUGGAGGAUACACAGAUGCAGGCUUCUGCAGCGACGAUUUCGCCGGAAUACAAUUUGAGGAUUAUCAAGCAUUAACGCUGCCAUCUGUUCCAGGGCUCUUUCCCGGGAAUAUGUGUAGCAAAACACUGCUUCGGAUGCCUGAGUGUGCAUAUUCAGAUGAGCACUAUCGUCCGUUGCCAGAUGAUGACUCUUUGCUUUCUACGGAAAAACUCCUGGACGAGAUAGCGUUCUUCACUGACGAAGCAUAUGAAUGCUAUCCUAUUCUGCACCUGCACAGCCUGAUCAAAAAUAUUGAGGAAGGAAAACAUCUUUCCGACGCCGAGUUUCGUACACUUGCCCUUUCAGUCGUCACGCUGAACGAAGCUCGCAGGUUUCGCCGCAUUCCACAACAUGGUACUGCCCGUCUGGACUCUCUUCUUGGGACGGUGCAUAAUCUCCGGCAGAAAUCCAAUCACGAUUACCUUGCCGACCCGCCGUCGCUCGAUACGGUAACGGUGUCUUGGUGUCUUUUCAUGGCGCACAUCUUUCGAGGAAAUAUCUACAAAGCCUUCGCAUAUCUGACCGAAGCGAUAGGCUUUCUAGACCUUAUCGACUACCCUUCAGAUCACCUUGAGACUGUCAGGCUACGACGAAUCGAAUAUAUGCUGUACAUCACGGAGUCGGGCGCCGUAUCUCUCUAUGGCCCUCCCAGAAAGCGACGGAUUGCAAGACUGCCAUCGAGUUUUCCCGGUCGCGUUGAUGAUCUAAUAUUUCCAGAUCACUCAGAAAGCGACGUGUGCAGCCUAGCACAAAACACGGCACAGGAAAAGAUGCAGAUUUCGGACAAACGGGCAGUGGAGCUGCUGCUUUUGAUGGCCCGCCUUCAUGCUGCCUCUGGACCUGACGAAGUGGCAAACGUCACAGUCGACGAAAAACUGAUGGCAACAAUGGCGGGAUCGCUCGGAAAGCAUGCGAGGACGGGCACGGCCAUAUCGGAACAGACCGCAGAUGUGGCGAUAACUCGCCAGUGGAAGCUUGGCUGGCACUGGCGGACAACGCUGGCAGACUUCCGUCCUUUGACCGAGCAUAGGACUAGUCUCAAUUACACCACGCAGAUCCUGGGAAUGACUGCGCUCCAAUGGGGCAAAACUCUCUCACCGCCACUACUGAGACUCAUUGGCAUAGGCAAGAUCGUUGCUCUAGCGGAGGCAAUCCUUCACAUUUCAUCGACGAUUGGGGAGUGUACAAGCUGCACAAAUAUCAUCGGCGACCUGAUCCGGAUGGUAUCCGAAGUCGACUACGAACGGAACUAUGCUGUCCAGCUCUAUUUUUUGCAUGCCUCUGUUUUGACAGUUCCGCCGAUGAUCGACUUGAAUGACAGUCACAGUACUGAGGUCCAUCGUGAUCCAGAGGUUGGAUAG